AUGCUAAAGAACCUAGCACGCAAGCAAAUUAUGACGACCUCCUCGCAUCCUUGGUCUGCUAGCAAAGUUAGAACCACCUUCUUGGACUACUUCAAGGACCGUGAACACUCGUAUGUUCCAUCUUCCUCGGUAGUGCCCCACAAUGACCCAACUUUGUUGUUUGCCAAUGCUGGUAUGAAUCAGUACAAACCCAUUUUCUUGGGUACGGUGGACCCCACCUCGGAUUUUGCUUCUUUGAAGAGAGCCGUUAACUCGCAAAAGUGUAUUAGAGCUGGUGGUAAGCAUAAUGACUUAGAGGAUGUGGGCAGAGACUCUUAUCACCAUACAUUCUUCGAGAUGUUGGGAAACUGGUCGUUUGGUGACUACUUCAAGAAAGAGGCUAUUGGCUGGUCAUGGGACUUAUUGACCAACGUUUAUGGCUUGCAAAAGGACAGAUUGUACGUCACCUACUUUGAAGGUGACGAGAAGAAUGGCUUGGAGCCCGAUUUGGAGGCCAAGCAGUUCUGGUUGGAUGUUGGUGUGGCUGAAGAUCACAUUUUACCUGGAAAUGCUAAGGACAACUUCUGGGAGAUGGGAGACCAGGGUCCAUGUGGUCCCUGCUCGGAGGUUCACUACGACCGUAUUGGAGGCAGAAACGCUGCCAGUUUGGUCAACAUGGACGAUCCAAAUGUUUUGGAGAUCUGGAACAUCGUGUUUAUUCAGUACAACAGAGAGCCAGACUCGUCGUUGAAGUCUUUGCCAAGCAAGCACAUUGACACAGGUAUGGGUUUUGAGAGAUUGGUGUCGGUGUUGCAGAACAAGUCUUCUAACUACGACACCGAUGUCUUCCAGCCUAUUUUUGAGAAAAUCAGAGAAAUCACCGGUGUUAGACCUUACACAGGUAGAUUUGGUGCUGAAGACGUCGAUGGUAUCGACACCGCCUACAGAGUCAUUGCUGACCACGUGAGAACUUUGACCUUCGCCAUCACUGACGGUGGUGUGCCAAACAACGAGGGUAGAGGCUAUGUGUUGAGAAGAAUCUUGAGAAGAGGCUCGCGUUACGUGCGUAAGUACAUGAACUACCCUAUCGGCUCGUUCUUCCAGCAGUUGGUGGAUGUAGUGAUUGACCAGAACUCUUCCAUUUUCCCUGAGAUCGUCAAGAACAGUCGAGAGUUGAAGGAGAUCUUGGUAGAGGAAGAGGUUUCCUUUGCUAAGACUUUGGACAGAGGUGAGAAGUUGUUUGAACAGUACGCCAUCAUCGCCUCCAAGACUCCAGAGCAGACCUUGAGUGGUAAGGAUGUUUGGAGAUUGUACGACACCUACGGUUUCCCAGUUGAUUUGACCAGAUUGAUGGCUGAGGAGGCUGGAUUGAAGAUCGAUGAGGCCGCUUUUGAGGCUGCAAAGGAAGAGUCCAGAGAGGCCUCCAAGGCUACUGGCUCCAAGAACGCUGCCAACUUGAUCAAAUUGGAUGUGCACGCCUUGUCUGAGUUGGAUAACAACUCAGCUGUUACCAAGACCGACGAUUCGUUUAAGUACGGCUUGGAGAACACCAAGUCCACCAUUGUCGCUCUUUACGACGGCUCCAAGUUUGUUGACUCUAUUUCUGAGGCUGGUGCUCAAUAUGGUAUCAUCUUGGACAAGACUCCAUUCUACGCCGAACAGGGUGGUCAGGAGUACGAUACUGGUAGCUUGGUUAUUGAUGGAACUGCUGAAUUCAGCGUCUCUAACGUCCAACAAUAUGGUGGAUACGUCUUGCACACUGGUACCUUGACUGAAGGUACUUUGAAGGUUUCGGAUGACAUCAUUGCUACCUACGAUGAAUUGAGAAGAUGGCCCAUCAGAAACAACCACACUGGUACUCACGUGUUGAACCUUGCCUUGAGAGAAGUAUUGGGUGAUGGUAUUGACCAGAAGGGUUCCUUAGUUGCUCCAGAGAAGUUGAGAUUUGACUUCAGUCACAAGCAAGCUUUGGCUCCUAAGGAACUUGAGCAGGUCGAAAAGAUCUCCAAUGAGGUUAUUAAGGCCAACAAACAGGUUUACGCUCAGGACGUCAGCUUGGCUGAGGCCAAAGGCAUCAAUGGUGUCAGAGCUGUCUUCGGAGAGACCUACCCAGACCCAGUGAGAGUUGUCUCCAUUGGUGUUCCAGUUGAUGAGUUAUUGAGAUCCCCAGAGAACCAAGAAUGGAGCAAUGUUUCCAUUGAAUUCUGUGGUGGUACUCACGUUGCCAAGACUGCUGAGAUCAAGGACUUGGUUAUCAUCGAGGAGUCCGGUAUUGCUAAGGGUAUCAGAAGAAUUGUUGCCGUUACUGGCCAUGAAGCUCACGAGGUUCAGAAGAUUGCUGAGGAGUUCGGUGUUAAGUUGGAUAACGCCGACAAGUUGCCAUUUGGUGCCGACAAGGAGCAGAAAACCAAGGAAUUGGGUGUUGCAUUGAAGAAGCUUUCCAUCUCAGUUUUGGACAAGCAGAAGUUGAACGAGAAGUUUACCAAGUUGGACAAGGCCAUUAAGGACAACUUGAAGGCCAAGCAGAAAGAGGAGUCUAAGAAGACACUCGAUGCCGUCAACGAGUGGUUGAAGGACGAAGAGAAGUCUAAGGCUGCAUUUUUUGUCGCUCAUGUUCCAAUUGGCGCCAAUGCUAAGGCUAUCACUGAGGCUAUCAACUUGAUCAAGAAGCAGUUCAAGGAGAAGUCGCUCUACUUGGUCACUGGUACCACCGACAAGGUUGCCCACGGGUGUUACAUUUCGGACGAAGCCAUCAGCAAGGGUGUUGACGCCAACGAGUUGGCAUCUACUGUUGCCUCUCACAUUGGAGGAAAGGCUGGAGGUAAGGGUAAUGUUGUGCAAGGUAUGGGAGAUAAGCCAUCGGGUAUUGGUGCUGCUGUUGAGGCCGUGACUAAGUUGUUGUCUGAGAAGUUGUAA